GGGCGGAUCGGGGGAAAAACGGGGGAGAAUGGGGAGAAUUCCAUGAAAAAUGGGGAGAAUUCCAUGGAAAUGGGGGAUAACGGGAGAGAAUUCCAUGGAAAUGGGGGAGAAUUCCACGGAAAUGGGGGAGAAUUCCAUGGAAAUGGGGGAUAACGGGAGAGAAUUCCAUGGAAACAAGGAGAAUUCCAUGAAAACGGGGAAAUUCCAUGGAAACGGGGGAUAAUGGGGAGAACUCCAUGAAAACGGGGGAGAAUUCCGUGAAAACAGGGAAGAACUCCAUGGAAACAGGGGAGAAUGGGGGAGAAUUCCAUGAAAACGGGGGAGAAGGGGGGGAAAUUCCAUGAAAACAGGAUAAAUUUCCUAAAAACAGGGGAUGAUAAGGGAAUAUUCCCUAAAAACAGGGAAUUAUAAGGGAAUAGUCCCUAAAAAUGGGAUAAUAAGGGAGUAUUCCUCCAAAGCAGGGAAUUAUAAGGGAAUGUUCCCUAAAAAUGGGGGGUAAUAAGGGAAUAUUCCCUAAAACCAAGAAAUUAUGAGGGAAUAUUCCCUAAAAACGGGAUGAUAAGGGAAUGUUCCCUAACAACAAGGAAUUGUGAGGGAAUAUUCCCCCAAAGCAGGAGAGGCAGCAGCAGUUGGGCUCGGGGGAGGUUUGGAGCGGUGAAGGGGAAAUGGGAUUUUCCAUCCCUCGGGCCCUUGGCGGUGUUGUUGUGUUUUUAGGGAUAAAUCCUCCCGGGGCUUUUCUGGGUCGAAUUCCGGCCCCUCAGGGUGUCCCAAACCUGUCCCUAAAUCCCUCACUGCUGCUCCGUUACAAAAACAGGGAUGGAUGGAAUUUUUUCUCCCUGAAAAUUCUUGAUAAGGGUGAAAACCUCCAGAACUUCCCACUUGCUGAUUUAACAGGGAACCUUCUGGCGGCCCCAAACUCGUUCCAUCCCCUUUUUCCUCCCACUGAGGCAAAUCCCAAAGCUGGACACAUUCACGGCACCAAAAAUUCCCAUUUUUGCCUCAUUUCUCUCCAGAGCUGGAAAAUCCGGCCCAGAUCCGAUGGCUGAGCUCAGAAUUCACGACUGAAACCGGGGAAAACCCCAACUUCCUUCCCCUUCUGGCCCCACAUCUCCAAAAUCUCUGGUUUUUACUGGGUGGGGCCGAGAGACGGGGUGAGAAAAUCCCUUUUGGGUUAAAAACGCCUUUUCCCAGCACUCCGCUGUCCCGACCUCCAGUGCACAGCCCGGCUCCUCCCGAAAAUCAGAAAUCCUCUGGAUUCCCUGAUUCCCUCCUCCUACCUGCCCUGGCUUUGACCUGCUCGUUUGGGGGAAGGUCUGGGAUUGUUUGGAGGGUGAGGAUGCUCCAGAGGAAGGUCUGGGAUUGUUUGGAGGGUGAGGAUGCCCCGGGAGAAGGUCUGGGAUUGUUUGGAGGGUGAAGAUGCUCCUGGGAUUGGUUUGGAGGGUGAGGAUGCUCCUGAGGAAGGUCUGGGAUUGUCUGGAGGGUGAGGAAGCCCCGCUGAAGUGUCAGAGCUGAGCCUUUCCCCUCUCACUCCUCCCCAGGCUGUCCUGAGGCCGGCCAGCUUGGCCGCGUGCCGGUGGCCGCCAUGUCCUCCACCAAGGUGCCGAUCUACCUGAAGAGGGGCAGCCGCAAGGGCAAGAAGGAGAAGCUGCGGGACAUCCUGUCCUCGGACAUGAUCAGCCCGCCGCUGGGCGACUUCCGCCACACCAUCCACGUGGGCAGCGGCGGCGAGAGCGACACUUUCGGGGACAUCUCCUUCCUGCAGGGCAAGUUCCACCUGCUGCCCCGCGGCGAGGCGCCGUCGGCGCCGUUCGAGUUCUCGCGCACGGCCACCGUGUCCGGCGGCGAGGCGGCCGCGGCGCCGUCGCCGCUGCUGAAGAACGCCAUUUCGCUGCCGGCGCUCGGCGCCGCCCAGGCGCUGACCCUGCCCGCGGCGCAGGCCCCGCCGAAACCCCCGCGGCUGCACCUGGACGAGGCCGCGGCGGCACCACCGCCGCCGUGCCCGCGGCUCGCCGCGCCCGCCAACGGCGAGGCCGAGCCCUUCCUGUCGCACGCCGGCUCCUUGCUGUCGCUGCACGUGGACCUGGGGCCGUCCAUCCUGGAGGACGUGCUGCAGGUCAUGGACCGGCACCGGGCCGAGCGCGGCGCCGGCGCCCGGCCGGAGAUCCUGACGUGAAGGCGCUGGGAGAUGGACGGUGAGGAUGAGGAUGGCGAGCGGGAUUCGGGGUGGUUUUCAGAUGCGGCGCUCGGAUUCCGGCUCAGAUUCCAGAUCAGAUUCCUCCAGCUCAGAUUCCAGAUCGGAUUCCUCCAGCUCAGAUUCCAGCUCAGAUUCCAGAUCGGAUUC